CGAAAACCCAUCAUAAGUUCACUACUCAUAAUCUCUUUCUCUCUCUCACACACACACACAGACACACACAAACAUAGAAGGAAUCAGAGAAUAAAAAAAGAAUGAGAAUAAGGAGAAGAGAUGAAAAAGAGAAUCAAGAAUACAAGAAAGGUUUAUGGACAGUUGAAGAAGACAACAUCCUUAUGGACUAUGUUCUUAAUCAUGGCACUGGCCAAUGGAACCGCAUCGUCAGAAAAACUGGGCUAAAGAGAUGUGGGAAAAGUUGUAGACUGAGAUGGAUGAAUUAUUUGAGCCCUAAUGUGAACAAAGGCAAUUUCACUGAACAAGAAGAAGACCUCAUUAUUCGUCUCCACAAGCUCCUCGGCAAUAGAUGGUCUUUGAUAGCUAAAAGAGUACCGGGAAGAACAGAUAACCAAGUCAAGAACUACUGGAACACUCAUCUCAGCAAAAAACUCGUCGGAGAUUACUCCUCCGCCGUCAAAACCACCGGAGAAGACGACGACUCUCCACCGUCAUUGUUCAUCACUGCCGCCACACCUUCUUCUUGUCAUCAUCAACAAGAAAAUAUCUACGAGAAUAUAGCCAAGAGCUUUAACGGCGUCGUAUCAGCUUCGUACGAGGAUAAACCAAAACAAGAACUGGCUCAAAAAGAUGUCCUAAUGGCAACUACUAAUGAUCCAAGUCACUAUUAUGGCAAUAACGCUUUAUGGGUUCAUGACGACGAUUUUGAGCUUAGUUCACUCGUAAUGAUGAAUUUUGCUUCUGGUGAUGUUGAGUACUGCCUUUAGUUGAUGUUUUGAAUUUGUCUUUGAAUUUUUGAGAUAAAAUAACAAUUAAUUAUGGAUACUAAUAUCGAUAUCAAUACUACCACUAUUACAAUCUAGGAGUACGUACUUCUUUAUACUAUUUAAAGAGCAUUAAGUUUUACCGAAUGUGAAAAAUA